AUGUGCAUGAUAUUUCUCAGUCUAGUUGUCCUGAGUGCUUCUCGUAUGCCUUUUCUGAGACGGCAACAAUCAAAAUUUUCGAUGCAAUAUGAAAAGAAAGCGGAUAGUACUCUUUCUAUGUUAGAAACUAACGAGCUUUAUGUGAAAAGUAAUAUUGAGAAUGAAAUGAACGUUUUUACUAUUACAAAUCCAUCCGCUUCGACUUAUUGCCAAAAAGAAAUUACAGACCAAACAUCAGUGGAUAUCGUCAUUCCUUUCAAGCAACUGAACGGCGAUGGCGCUGUUAGUGUCAUUUUAUCAGACAAACAAAACGACUUUUCUUCAAAACAUGAAGGUACGGGAUUCGAAAUUACACUCAACAAAACAGGAAAAGACAAGGAUGAGGUCACCCUCUUCAACUUUAAUACUAAAGAAGAUAGAGUAGACCAAAUGCACUCACUCACAUGUAAAAGUCUGAAGCGAGCAAGCGGAGCAGUCGAUUUACAUAUCAGAUAUAACUGGGAAUAUAACACUGUCUCUACUGUUUUAUAUAUCGCAAACGUCAUGACGCGUUGCUCUUCAGAAAAUUUCAUUAGAAUUCCAAAAAAA